GUCACCUAUGUGGUCAAGUACUUGGGGUGCAUUGAAGUUCUGCGCUCAAUGAGGUCUCUUGACUUCAGUACAAGGACGCAAAUCACCAGGGAAGCCAUCAGCCGUGUUUGUGAAGCUGUACCCGGUGCCAAAGGAGCCCUCAAGAAGAGAAAGCCUCCAAGCAAAAUGCUGUCCAGCAUCCUGGGAAAGAGCAAUCUCCAGUUUGCAGGGAUGAGCAUAUCUCUGACCAUCUCCACCGCCAGCCUGAACCUAAGAACGCCUGACUCCAAACAGAUCAUUGCCAACCAUCACAUGCAAUCCAUCUCCUUCGCCUCUGGGGGAGACCCGGACACAACCGACUAUGUUGCCUAUGUCGCCAAGGACCCCGUUAAUCGCAGAGCCUGUCACAUUCUGGAAUGCUGCGAUGGGCUGGCCCAAGAUGUCAUUGGCUCCAUAGGACAAGCCUUUGAGCUCCGGUUUAAGCAAUACCUCCAGUGUCCUUCCAAGAUUCCGGCUCUCCAGGAUCGAAUGCAGAGUCUGGAUGAGCCCUGGACUCAAGAGGAGGGAGACGGCCCAGACCACCCAUACUACAACAGCAUUCCCAGCAAGAUGCCUCCUCCAGGAGGGUUUCUUGAUGCGCGACUGAAAACCAGAUCCCAUGCUCCUGACACAGCCCAAUUUGCAGGAAAAGAGCAAAUUUAUUACCAGGGAAGACAUCUAGGAGAUGCUUUUGGCGAAGACUGGCAGAAAGCACCCAGCAGGCAAGGGUCCUUGGACAUCUACAGCAUGCCAGAAGGGAAAGCACCUGUGCCCCCCAUGGGAGAGGGACCCACCUAUGUCAACACCCAGCACAUCCCCCCGAAGGCCCCAGCAGCCAUGGCCAGCAGCGCAGAGAGCAGCCCGAGGAAAGACCUCUUUGACAUGAAGCCUUUUGAAGAUGCUCUCAAGAACCAGGCCCUGGGGACCAUGUUGAGCAAGGCCGCCUCUGUGGAGUGCAUCAGCCCUGUCUCACCCAGAGCCCCGGAUGCCAAGAUACUGGAGGAGCUGCAAGCUGAGCCUUGGUACCAGGGAGAAAUGAGCAGGAAGGAGGCAGAGGGGCUGCUGGAGAAAGAUGGAGACUUCCUGGUCAGAAAGAGCACCACCAACCCCGGCUCCUUCGUUCUCACGGGCAUGCACAAUGGACAGGCUAAGCACCUGCUACUGGUGGACCCCGAAGGCACGAUCCGAACGAAGGACAGGGUCUUCGACAGCAUCAGCCACCUCAUCAACCACCACCUGGAGAGCAGCCUGCCCAUCGUCUCAGCAGGGAGCGAGCUCUGCCUCCAGCAGCCUGCGGAGAGAAAACAGUGAGCCGAAGCAGCCCAAACUGACCCUGAGCACCAGGUCAGGGGGCCCCAGAGUCCAUUGGUUUUGGGCUACAGGACCUGGGGGAGAUGCUCAGGGGUGCAGCGCCUUCUUCAAAAGCCCCCGGAGGAAGGCUUUCUUCAAGUUCAAGUUUCAUAAACUUGUUCCAGUUUCUCAUAUGCAUAUUAAAGGUGUACAUACCUAUACAUCCUGUACAAAUUAUCCCUCUAUAUUUAUAUUUUUUAAGACUAAGAACGAUGUCAGACUAAUGUUCUGUGCUGUAUGUUUUUAAUGGAAACAAAUAAGUUUGACUAGUUGUCCAGGCAAAAAUUUAACUCAACUGACCUAUCCCACUAGGACGUUUUAUUAGGCAGGUGUAACGUACAGCUUUACCUAAUAAGCACAACAUACGGGGAACAGAGACAAGUAAGAGGGUGGAUGGUAAACAGGAUUGUGGCAGAACCGGGAAGCCUGCUGUCCAGAUGCUUCACCCUGCAUGAGACUCAGCUCUGGGGGUGAUGGGGGUGGUACUCGCAGUGCCCCUGGCGUUGCCGCCCACCCCCGCACACACGGGGCAGCCUCAUGACAGAGCAAGUCGCACUGCAGCUCCUCCAGGUUCUGCUGAACGUGGCUUGGGAGUCACUGAGGAUUCUCCUGAGGCCAAACGUGGCACAGAGUAAGCCUUGCCAGUCAAGACCCUGAUGACGAACGCGCCCUAGUUCUCACCCGUAUGAGGAUGAGAAGAUGGGUAUCUGAGCAAGGCAGUUGAGGCAAGUCCUCAGCGUGCGCAGCCUUCUAGCCAGUGAGCUGAUCACAGGCAGGUUGUGCUAGCGGCCAGUCCAAUUGCCGCAGUCCUGUCCAUCCCUGGUAUUUAAUAGAGGAAAAGCCUGUGUAAGCAGCUCAGGAAGGUGGGGCCAAAUACACUUCAGACUCAUACCUGGCCUGGCUCCUGUGUGUGUGUGUGUGUGUGUGUGUGUGUGUGUGUGUGUGUGCGCGCACGCGCACGUUCAGGACAAGACCCUGGAGUUUUAGGCACUAUGUGGAGGUUUUCCCCUGCAGUGAGGGAUGGUGAGCCCCUUACAGUCCCUGAACUAUUUCCUGGUGUGUGCCCCACAAUGCUCUUAUUUGAAGAUCAGACACUGACACUUCCUGAUGGCCACUUGGUGUUGGGAAGUUGGCAGUGUCUGUGACUUUUUAAAAACAUUUAGGCUGAGAUUCCCUUUACAGAUGCUGUAUUUAUACCACAGCCGGAGGAUGCAUUCAGUGGUUGGCUUCUCUUCUAGUCUCUGUGAGGCCCUGUAGCACAGGGCAGCCACAGCCAGUGAAACAGAGGUGCUCUGCACACACUUAGAAUUCGAGAGUGAUAAAUCGGAUGCUUUUUAAAAACCCGGUGAGUCACGAUUCUGCAAGGUUCUAAUGCCAAGUGUGUGGACUCGGUUUCUGCUUUGGGAGUGUGUGGCCAGAUGGGAGGACGUGGUGCACCUAAUGAAGGGGGAUGCCAGGCAGACCCUAGGCUUCUUUGGCGUUUUUGCCCUUUGGGGUUCCAAUGACUCCAAGCUGUGGUGAAGUGGGUCUCUGGAACGUGUUUUAGGAGGCAUAGACCACCUGUGCUUCCUGAAUGAUGUUCCUUUCAGGCACAGCAUGGAUGCCUGAGCAGGGAGGCAGGUAGCAGCUGGUCCAGGUGCCUAUCUGUGACCACAGACUCUGGGAUGGCUCUGAGAAUCACACUGCACCCCUGAGCCCUGGGGGUGGGGUGCACCUUGCCCUCACGCGCGCGUGCGCACACACACACACACACACACACACAUGUCUGAGCCUCUUGUGUGUAAACACAUACUACAUGUAAAGUGCCUGCAGUGGCCUUCUCUCAACAUUCUGGCAUUCCCCAUGUGUGCAAAGCCAAAUGCUAAUAUUCAGGGACCCCAGGAAAGCAGAAAACAGAAAUUAACAACACUGACAAAGGGAAAAUUUGCUCUGGUUUAUUUUCCUUGUAGGGGGAAUUAGGAAGUGGUGAUCUGCAGUUACGGCAGCUCCUUUCUCUGAAGUUAGUGUUGAUCUCAAGGAUGAUAGGCAAUGUGUGUAUUAUAUACACUGCAUGAGAAUCAGUUUAGGAAAUUAAAGGUAUUGGAGUCAUCUUUUGUUUUUAAUACUGAUUCAAAAUAUGUAAUUUUAAUCUCAGAUUCUAAGGUUGGUUAUGCUACAAUGGUGCCAAGUGGAAAAGCUGGUAUUCCCUUUUAGCCAUCAGAUGUUUCAGCUGUGGAUAGCAGUACUCUUCUAAUUUUUGUUCCCUUCCAUUUUUUUCCUGGUACUAGGAUUGAACCUAGGGCCUUCUCCUGAGCAACAUCUCCAGAUCUUUUUAUUUAUUUUUAAAAAAUUUUUUUUUAUUUUGAGCCAGGGUCUUCUUAAAACUCUCAAUUUCUUGGGCUGAGCUCAAGCUUGUGAUCCUCCUGCUUCAGGCUCCCAGAGUACUGGGAUUACAGGUGUGUGCCACCACGCCCAGUAUCCCUCCUCUUUCUGAAGUGUGCUGGAGCACACUUGAGUUAUUUCGAGCACCACUUGACAGGGUGUUCCUGCGAGCCUUGCUCACAGUGGGGAAACUGGGGCUCGUGGCAUCGCAGGUCCUGCCCUCAGCAGGCAGCAGAGCUCCUCUGCUCACUCAGCACUUCCUGAGCUCUUCCUGCCAUGUGCCAGCCAGGGUUUAGAGGUAAACCCAACAGGGGGCCUCCUCACUGCCCAGCCUGACACCCUGUUGCCCUCCGCUCUCACGCUGCACCUCUGCCGGGCAGGGGCAGAGCUGCUGAUCAGCACCCCAUGCAGAGCAGCGCUGAGCGGUGCAUUCAGCUACAGUAGCAGUGCACUGUACUGGGCCAACCUGGGUCCGUGGAGUGGGCCUCGGCCCUGCUGCCUCUCUCCUGGGCACUACCACUGCACCCUGCUAGGAUACAAGGAGGGUCCAGCAGUCUUAAUGCAGUGGCAUUUCCUUCACAGUGGCCCUGGAGACCCGUGCUCCCCCAUGCCUACCUUCCUGGGUGAAGGAGCCAUGCCUCAAGUGCACCUCUGUCCUGUGAGGCCAGGCGGGUCUCCCAUGGGGUGCUCACUGUGGUCCAUGAUUUCCUGACCACCAGGAUCCUCUAAAUGGCUCCCUGUAGAGUCAGGUAGGCAGCCUGAUAAGGUACAGGUCAAAGACUUGGUCUUCAGUCCUAUACCUACAUCACCGCGGGCCUUUUUACCUUGGAAGGACCAAAGGGCUGGGUGCUAUUUAGGCUUGGUGAGCGAUCAUUCUGUUCAAAGCCAUCUUGUGUUGAGGUAGAUGGACCAAGGCCCAACUGAGCCAUGCACAGCUCCCCAUCGCUGAAGGAAGACUGGAUAGCUGUAAAUAAAGACAGAAAUGGCAGGGAAUGAGUGUAAGAAAGGAGGACAGACCCAGGACAAGCAGACCCAAAAGAGCCCAGGGACUGAGGGUCACAGCUGACACCUGUCCGGCUUCCCUCCCCAUCUGGGACACUGAAGAUGUCCCCAGUUCCUGAGAUGAAACUUUUCUUUCUGCUUCAUCAGGCACUUGGGUGGCUCCUUUCUUCAUUUCCUCUGUGCCAUUUGCGUCAUGAAGACCAGUCCCACAUUCCCUUCUGUUGGGCUGAGGCUGAGUAGAAGCUGGACCACAGGCCCCCUGUAUAGUGCCAGCAGCACAGGACUCCUCCAUCGCGCCUCAGCCCCAUCACACUCAGAAUGACAGCCUCAGGCUGGUGGCUGGGUCUCUCUGAGCUGUGGCUUAUUUCUUGCCACACAGUGGCUGCGCGUAGUUCCCACCACAAGGGAAGAGUAACUUCUUGAAAUUCUUCAUCCACAAAAGCAUACAUCGUUUUUCUCACUGACUGGCCAAGGUUGCUUGCCAUCCAUGAAUCCUCUUCUGUGGGUGGAGACAGCUAGAUUGAAAGUGGGUAGGAGAAUUGUGGAAAGAUUGAGAACUAAAUCAUUGCACCCAGACAGAGUCUUUGCAGUGGGUUUCAGAAUAACACCUUGGUUCUUGGGGAAGUCUGUCUUCUAAGAAAGAUAAAACCAGUAACUCCCAUUCCUGGAGUAUCCUGAAAACAUAGAACUGUCAGCUUCAUUGAAGAUAACAAGGAAUGAAAGGUUGCAGCCAGGUGAUCCCCUUUUGCAGAUACGGAAACCAGAGCCAGCCGGCCUGCCAGAGGAUGGCUGAGUCUAGAGAAGAACACGGUCUUAGGCCCUUCAGGGAUUACGCAGGAAGCUCACCCCCAUGAAAGUGUCCGUAGUGCUCUUUCCUCUGGUUUUACCUUUACGCCCCACUUUAAAAUGCAUAGUCCUGAGUCACUUAGCUGGGAGAGACAGUGCUUGCGUUCUCUCUCUUGCAGUUGGGGUUCUUGUGGAAGCAGACCUCAGAGAAGGUCUGAGUGUGAGUAGUUUGUGUGGGUGACGAUCCCAGGAAUGGGGGGGAAGGAAGUGAUAAAGAAGGGCUAUGUGGUUAAGUGGAUUCUCAUGAUGUGGACAGCUAGGAUUGUACCCCGCCCAGAUGCCCAGGAGACAGGGUGGGACACACCUCAGUGGCAGCCCAGUGGAGGGGACAGAAAGCUUUGAGGCCACUACUGGUGGGAUGCUGUUUUGGGGAUACCCUGGCCAUCCCUGUGCGCACCUGAGCACACUUGACAAGCUGGGAAGCCCUUGGACAGUGACAGGAGUUCCUGAUAAACAGACCUAGGGUAGCUGGGGCCUGAGAACCAGCCGGCCAGCUCAUGGUUAGAUUGCAGGACUCUGCUCCUCUCUGAACUCCUGACCAGAGGGUCUGGAGUGAGGCCCAAGAAUUUGCCUUUCAAAUAUGUUGCCAGGGGAUGCUUGUGUGGCUGGUUGUGAGUCUUGACUUCGAGCAUUGGCCGAGGAGAGUAUUCAGCCCUUACCUGUCUCUUAUUGAUGGCUCCACCCCUCUAUUUGAUGAUUGAGCUUUCAUACCACUUCAUGUCAUAGCUCCUGGGCUCCAUGAUGUGAAUGUAAAAAUGGAGGAUUAAUAAGUACUUCCAGCUCCAUGCAACCGUGGCUGGCAGAUAAAAUGCCAUCUGCCAGCCGCGAUUUAUUUAUAAUGGGGUUUAUACAUAUUUAUAAGUUUGCAAGCAACAAAUGCACAGUUUUAAAACUGGCACAUUUUAUAUUGCAACCAGAAAAAACUGCAACUUUGUCCCAGGAUUGUGAAUAUGCCCCGCGUAUGUGUGUACACACACACCUGUACCCACACUGAUCCAGAUGGAUCUGUCUCUGGGCUCCCACCAGAUGGUCUUGCCUGGAUUUUGUGUCUAAUAAGGGUAACGAGUCAAACAGUCGGUACGAGUUUGGGGUUGACGAGCACUGGCCCUGGCAUAUGCAGAGGAGGAAACUGGAAGCUCUAGGAACUGGGGCUUCAGUGGGAACGGGAUUUGGGUCCAGCACACACAGGAGCAUCCACCAGGGACCCUGAUAGAGAAAGGAAAGGGAAGGGAGGCUGACAGGGAAAGACAAGGAAACAAAAGGCAGAGACAGGAGAAAACAAAAAGGAGAGGGAAGGCAAAACAAGUGCAGGCUUACAUUUUACUUAUCCACAAGGGUGUGGUGAGGGAGGCUGUGAUGUGGCCGGUGUGGUUCCCUGGAUGCAGCUGUGUAUGGUGGUACAGCCUCCUUGGCUUUUCUGACCAACCUCCUUGGCCUCUGUGCAUUUGUCUCUACAGGACAGGCUCUGCACUGGGUUCAGGGACUAGAGAGACGUGAAUGCACCAGGUUUCUGCCUGUUUGAAAUCCAGUAGGAGGUCAGUAUACACACACACACACACACACACACACACACACACACACCCCACCUUGGCGUGUGACAAGCCUCACAGUGCUAGUGUGUCCCAGUUCAGUAGGACCAGGGAGGACAGGGCACACAGGUCUAUCCAGGGCUUCUGGGAGUGCUUUGUACAGCAGGCAUUGGUGUAGAAGAUCAUAAGAGUCAGAGGAGGGCACAGAAUGCUCAGGUCUUACUUGAUGCAGGUGAACCCCCAACAUCAGAAGAAGCGGAGGGCAGUGGAGGAGCUCCCAGCCUCCCUCCUUCCAUCUGCCAGCUCAGAUGCCCAGAGCAGGCGAGUUCCAAAAAUUGUUUUGAUGGCUAAAAUGCACAGGCUCCUUUCCUGGGGCUGGAAGAAACAUUCUUGCAGAAGAAAGCAUGAGAAAUAAAGAUCAUAGAGUUUUAAGUAUCUGAGAUUUUGUCGCCUCCCCUAGAACUGCUAGAUAUGGAAAUGUGCACUGGAGAGUGGCCCUGCUGCUCUGAGCUGCCUGCCCAGGGAAUGAAUUCACACCCAAGUAGAUAUUUUCACCAAGACCAAACUCUCUAACCAUUGAGAUCAAGCAACAAUUAACAGCAGAAACGAAUGGACAAGUUCAACUUUCAACACUGAGUUGUUUUUUUUGUAACAAUUAUGUGUGAGUUACAAGUGGAAUGUUCUCUGCUCAUUUGACUUUUGAAUAUAACUUGUUCCAGAAUAUCGUGAAAUUAAGUAUGUGGCUGUUUUUUUGUAUUCAAAAUUAAACACCUGGCUUUGAAAUCCCCUGAUCAGGAGAUAACACCAUGUAAAUUUAGUGUGUGAUAAUGAGGUAUUUAUUACUUUUUAAAAAGCAUUUGGAUGGAAAAUUAUACUUACUGAUAAAUGGACAUUAUUUGAAAAUUUUCUUUUGUUUCCAUUAACUUCUGUGAAAUGAAAAGACUUAUUGUAAUGGUCUGUGUCUGGGUGUACGACCAAGUCACUCCUUUCUACUUUGAGGCUGGAAUGGACUUGGCUUCCUGGACACCCCUGAGGAGUGGAAAUACAAAACUCCCAUCAAGUUUCCUAAUGUUUGUUCUAUGAGAAGGGAUAAAUCUUGAGUUAUUUGCCAAACAUUUUGGAGAUCAGACAAUACAACAUGUCAAGACAUUUGGCUUAAAUUCCCUCCUCACUUUCAGCAAAUCCGUUUCCUUCCUUCAGGAAAUGACAUGAUUUCACUUGCAAGCCUUUCCCCGGGCGUCCCGGGCAUCCUGUGCUGCUGGGCUCCCCAGGUGGAGGUGUCACACAGCAUCCCCAAGUGUCAUCGCUCUGACUCAGAAGUGUAAGAUGACAUACCUAAUUUAGGCAGUGCUGCACUUCUCAUGAAAACUGGUUAUGGGACAACGUGCCUUUAUUAUCAGAAUAAUGGUUUGUGCAUUUCUUUUUCUUUUUUUUUUUUUUU